AGGAAGCAUCAGUCAGACACUCAGAGGCACUGAGGUUUAUCUCUCCUCCUCUUCUUCUUCGUCUCUUGUUAUGACCCAUUGUAGGAGCGACUGCAACCGAGACAGAUACGUCGGGAUGAACGGCGAGCUGAAAGUCAGUCGCACCACGACAGCAAAGAGAGGAAACAGCGCCCCCGACAGAUCUGACUAUGAGGUGGAGUAUGGCAGAUACCCCGAUGACCACUACAACAGGGUGUUUGACUACCAGCGUGUCCCCUCCUCAGUCCCGGUGGAUCCCAGUCCUGUCAAACGGCCCCGCCCUUCAUCCUCCUCCUCCUCCUCGUCCUCCCCAACGGCGGCUCUGAAGAUGAAGAGUAGCAGAGCGUCCAGCAGGAGCACCAACAACACACACACCUCCUCCUCCUCUGACAGUAAAUUGAAGAUGGCGGAGCUUCUUUCCAUUAAGAGGGAGCUGACGGUCAUAAAGGGUCAGAUCGAUGGACUGUUGGACUGUGUAGACAAGAUGGACAGACAGAGGAAGGACUGCUCAGAGUGUCCUCAGAGUGUGUUGGACUCUCCUCACCGAGGUUCAGUCAGCAGUCUGGAGAGAGAAAGUCCGGAACCAGGAGAGGCCAGCGAGGACGAGCCGCUGCACUACCAGAACUACUACCCCCACAGUUACCCCCACAGUUACCCCCACAGGAUAAAGCAGCACCAGUCUGACCUGGAGGAUGAUCUGUGAUACUGCAGCUCAGCACCAGGACCUCGGAUCUUCCGCAGCAGGGAUGGAAGAUUCUUCUAGAAGUUGUUGGAAACAGGAACUUUCUUGGACGGACUCUUCUCUCCCCCCGAAUCCAUCUCAUCUGUUCAUCACCGCCUUUUUGAUUUCUAUUCUUUUGCUCAAACUCCAGACCACAAAAUAAAAACAUCCCCAAAAUGUUCUCCUGUUCGAUCACAGACUCUGGUGCUCCACGCUAACAUAUCGCCACAUGGGACAGUAGAGUUAAAUUCAGUGUUUUUAAAGAGCGUUGCAACCAUAGACUGUAAAUAUUAACGGACAAAGCCUGAGUGACGUCACCCGUCUGUUCCUGCAGGGGGCGCUGGAGUCCCAUCAAUGGCGGUCUCCAUGCUGGAAAUGCUGUCUCAGUCUAACUUUCAGUCAACCUAACGACAGGCUGAGAGCUGGAGCUGAGGCGGGUUUUAAGACUCUUGGCGAACCGUUACACCGUGCCCACCUGUCAAUCAGGUCAGCUACACGCCUUAUUGUGAAUAACUCUUAUCCUUCAUUAAAUCAAAACUAAUGAGUCAUCAAAACAUUCAUCCCCCGUACAGUGUGUGUCGAUCGAGACAUGAGCUAAUCAGACCUAUUUGUUUUUUGAACCAGGCUGUAAACAUGUUAAUCUCUGCUGUAAAAACAGGCUUUUUAGAAUGGGUGUGAAUGUGACUUCCUGUGUUUCAGCAGCCAGCCUCUAGUGGACACUCGAGGAACUGCAUUUUGUUGCACUUCUGCAUCAGC